AUGGCGGGACACGACCAUCAUCACCAUCAGCUCUCUCUGUGUUUCUGCGACUUAAUGAGGUUGCUGUGGUCCCUGGUGGCCCCCUGUGCCUACCUCAGUCUGGUCCUGACCCUGGUCCUGCUGCUGCUCCUGCUGGGGGUCCGUAUGUGGCUGCAGGGCCGCCGGAGGGCCCGUCGGGCUCAGGACGGCGGGGGCCCCGCGGUGGCGUUCUUCCAUCCAUACUGCAACGCCGGAGGAGGCGGGGAGCGCGUCCUCUGGUGCUCCCUGAGGGCCCUGAUGCAGCGGUACCCCGGCGUCUCCUUCGUGGUUUACACGGGCGACCAGGGCGUGACCGGCGAGCAGAUCCUGGACGGAGCCCGACAGCGUUUCAACAUCACGCUGCCUCGACCAAUCACCUUCGUCUUCCUGCGUCACCGCUCGCUGGUGGAGGCCGCCUCCUACCCUCACUUCACCCUGCUGGGACAGAGCGGCGGAUCCAUGUUCCUCGGGUGGGAGGCGUUGACGGCCUUCGUCCCCGACCUGUACGUGGACUCGAUGGGUUACGCCUUCACUCUGCCCAUCUUCCGUUACCUGGGCGGCUGUAAGGUGGCGAGCUACGUUCACUAUCCGACCGUCAGCACCGACAUGCUGUCUGUGGUCCGAGAGAGGAACCCCAGGUUCAACAACGCCGACUUCAUCUCGAGGAACCCGGUGCUGAGCGCCGCCAAGGUGGUGUACUACUGCUGCUUCGCGCUGCUGUACGGCCUCGCCGGCUCCUGCAGCGACGUCAUCAUGGUCAACUCCACCUGGACGCUGGGGCACAUCCUGGCUCUGUGGCGCUCGCCCAGCCGCACCAGCAUCGUGUACCCGCCCUGCGACGUCCGCGCUUUCCUGGACGUCCCGCUGGAGGAGGAGGAGGAAGAGGAGGCCGAGGAGGAGGGCUGGGAGGAGCUGGGGCGGGAGGAGGAGGAGGGAGCGGACAGGAAGUGCCACUCCAUCGUGUCUGUGGGUCAGUUCCGUCCGGAGAAAGACCACCGGCUGCAGAUCCGGGCGUUCCACAAGCUGCUGUGCAGGAAGGGCGAGGGGCCCGGCGGCCGGGAGUCCCUGCGGCUUGUUCUGAUUGGAGGAUGCAGGAACCAGGAGGACGAGGAGCGCGUGCUGAUGCUGCGGGGGCUCUGCCAGGAGCUGGGCGUGUCCGACCGCGUCGACUUCAAACUCAACGUGCCCUUCGAGGAGCUGAAGAGAGAGCUGGUGGACGCCACCGUCGGCCUGCACACCAUGUGGAACGAACACUUUGGAAUUGGUGUGGUGGAGUGCAUGGCUGCAGGUACCAUCGUCCUCGCUCACAAGUCCGGCGGUCCGAAGCUGGACAUCGUGGUGCCGUACGAAGGAGGGCAGACGGGCUUCCUGGCGGACAGCGAGGACAGCUAUGCCGCCACCAUGGAAACCAUCCUGGCGCUGUCUCCGGCGGCCAGACUGGAGAUCCGACGCAACGGCCGGCGCUCUGUGGAGCGGUUCUCCGACCAGGAGUUUGAGGCUUGUUUCCUCGCCGCCAUGGAGUCUCUGAUGAGCAAACUGGAGCGAUGAGGAGGAGCAGACGGCGUCCACCAGGGACACGGACCUUAUUUAUAGUGAAUAGACGGGCUGAAAGUGACGCGGCACUUCGUUUAAACAUCAGAGAGAGACGGCGACGCCGUAAAAGAGAAGCUCCUGGUGGACGUCCACAGAUAACAUCGUCCUUCUUAUCUGCAGCAGAAAAAACCCUCUCUUCCAGUGACUUUGCAUGUGUCAAACUCACGACGACUAAAAGCUGCCGGCACACAAACAGUUAACAGGCUGAGCGAGUUUCUGCUGCAGCUCCACUUUUAAUUAAACCGAGUCACAUUCCAGACAGCUUUUAGUCCGAAUGUUUGCUGGUGUGGAGUUUACCGAGUUACAGUGAUCACAGUUUAUUUACGACGAUGAACUGAAUCCUAAAUCAGAUUUGAAAUGGUUUUUUUUCUGAUAAAGUCACUGAAAUGAAGAAUUGAUCUGUUGUUUUUCUUCUGUGCACUUUGAAGAAGCACUUAAAUGUUUUUGGGUUUAAGGUUUUAGCCAAAUCUGUCUUUAUUUAAAUGUGUCACUUCCUGCAUUCCUGUUUGUUACGAGGUCGAAGCCACAGAGAUGAUUAAUGUUAAAGAAACUUUAUUUUGGGAUGAAUUAUUACUAUUUAAGUCUGUUUGUGCUGAAACUAAAUUAACAAUACUGCAAUAAAUACAAUCAUUAAACACUUCA